AUGCACAGGGCGCUGCGGUCCAACAACGGCAUCAGAGAUGGGGACGGAGCAAGCAAAGGAGCCCCCCGUGCCUCCCCCAACAGGACACACCCCGAAUCCCGUCCUCCAGACAUGCCGGGCUGUCUCCUCCUGCUCAGGGGCUGCUCCAGCCCUGCACUCCGCGUGGCCCGCUCCCUCCCACCACUCGGGUCCAAUUCAGAUGCUGUCUCUUCUCGUGCUCGAGGCGCUCAGCGGCCGAUCGGUUGCUCCCUGGCUCAGCAUCUGUCCCCCGGCCUGGGACGCGCACUCUGUGAGCGCAGGGGGUGUCCUGUCCAUCCCAGAAUCCCCGCGGCCCACCUAGAGCUGACCCGGUCGGCACCGCCCGGCCCCCGGGGGGUCAGGAGCAGGAACCAAGAGACCAGGAAAAGGACGCACUCAGAAGUGAGCAGGCGGAGGCCUCGGGGCCUGGCUUACAAACUCCGCGGUCCUGUCCGAGCCGUUACCCGGCGGUUGCGCCUUUCUGAGACGGCGCGGUGGGCGCGGUGUACCCUUCCGCGGGGAGGACAGCGGGGACAGGGCUCGGCCCGCUGCCUGGUGCUCACGUUCCGGUUGCGUGUCUCGCUCAGGCUUCCCUCUGCGGCUCGUCUCACUGCCCUGCAGUCACGUGCUCGUCUCCGUCGUCACCCCGGUCCCCCCCACGGCGUCUGGCUAAAGGCAAGGGCCCCCUCAGGCCCACCCCCCAGCGGCACCCACGGCGUGCCCCCAGCGCUGCACUGGCCACAGGAGCGUGCAGCCCGAAGCCUGGUCCCAGGGAAGGGGACUGUGGGCACACCCCCGGUGCAGGGGCCCCUCCGGGGACCCACGGAGACCAGCACACAGCAGCGGCCCCUGGCGCCCGGCCACCGUCUGCCCGCAAUGCUGAACGCCACAGGGUGUCUUCCUGCAUUCCCUGAGCAGUCCAAGAACCCCUCCGCCUCGGGGCCCUUCUGGAAUGUUCUCUACAUAUGA